UGGAUAUUGGAUGCGCUCUAUUCUUACUUUGCGUUGCGGACUAAAGAAUGAUUCCAUUAUUCGGUUAGUUACACAUGACAUCAAGGAAGCCAGCACAAACAUUAUAUAUUCCGCCAGCUUUAAGAGCAGAAAAAAGUGUUGCAGAGGCUAAAAAAGAGUUAUCCUCCGAUUGUCCAAUACAAUGUGCUUCUGUGAAUGAACAAACUGAUGUGUUAAAACAAUUAGAAUCACUUACACUUUCUGAUGACUGUAAUAAUAAUGGUGGGACUGUAUUCAAAAAGAAACUUUUUAAUCAAAAAUCCUCACGUAAUGAUAGCAAUAGUGAACCAGUCAUUAGAUUGGAAGAUUUUCAACAUAUUAUAGAAUUAUAUAACUUUUCAAAAGACUUUCAAACUUUUCACUUGGAAGCAGAACUCACCGGAUUCAAUGAUAGUGGAUUUUACCUUAAAUGGGUUGAUGAUACUCAUUGUUUAGCUGUAUUUUCUUCAAAUAACGAAGCAGAUCGUGCAUUAGCUCAAAUAUCAGGACUUUUCAUGAAGGCACGUAGAAUUAAAGAUGCUUCAUUGGCUAGUAAGUUAAAAAUUGCUCGUUCACCUGGUGACUGGGCUAUGCCGUAUAAAAAACGACCAAUUACAACAAGUUCAACAGCUCGAAGAUUAAUUUCAAAUCAUUUGGGUAUUGUUUCAACUAAAAUCAAAUCUCCUGAAGAUAUUUUAAAAGAAAAACAAGAUAAAGCUCUUUUACAAGAAGCACGUGCUCGUGCGGAAGCUAUUCGUCAAGCACAGAAAUCUCUUUGGGAAGACGAUUAAUAUGAUGCUUUGAAAAUAAUUCUUCUGUAAAGAGGCAAUAAUUGAUUUCUUACUUUUGUAGUCCUCAUUUCACUGAAUGAAUAGUGAAAAGGAAUUAUUUUCGCAUUUGAUUAAAAUUACGUUUCAUGAUUACUAGGUAGCAGUAAUAUCUAACUUGUUAUUUGUUGUAUAUUUUUCUUUCUAACAUUGACUUUUGUGAAAUUUUUGAUCUUUCUACUCUACUCUCUAUCUAUGUACAUAAAAAUAAAUAAUUUAUGCCUUUUUAUUUGUCUAACGUAAAUUGGAUAUGGCAAUAAUCAACAAUAGAGCUUGUCAUUCGUCAUAUGCUUAUUGUUUGAUCAAGUUAGACAUUAACACCGUUAGGUAGCGGCUCAGUGGUCUAACGGUUGGGGCGUUCGCGCACAAUAUCGAAGG